AUGUCUCCCGCAGCCGGAGACGAAACGUUCGAGCCAAAAGGCUGUAUACACCACGAAAUCAUGCACGCCAUAGGUUUCGGCCAUGAGCAUAAUGCACCUUCACGUGACAAAUAUAUUCGAAUUAAUUGGAGCAAUGUCAAAGACGGUCAAAAAGAGUAUUUUACAAAGCUAAAACCGGAAGACGUAACAGAUUAUGGAGUUGAAUACGACUACUACAGCAUUAUGCACGCCAGCAGGAAAGCAUUUUCUAAAAACAACAGAAGUACAAUUGAGACAAUAGAUGAAUUUGCUGUCAUUGGUCAACGACAGAAAUUAAGCAAAGCAGACAUAGUUAAAGUUAAUAGACACUACAAAUGUGCAUGA